AUGUCCAAACCACAACAGAUCCUUGUAAUCGGAGCAGGCGAACUCGGCGCCCAAGUCAUUCAAGCCCUGGUCCAGCAUCCGCUCCGCACAACGGCCCACAUAUCCGUGCUGCUUCGCCCUUCUAGCAUAACACCACCAGACCGUGAUCGAGCGCAAGAGCUCAGCCAUCUGCGCAUUCAAGGCGUCAAAUACAUCCCUGCAGACAUAGCCCUCGACACGGAGUCGCACUUGACCUCUAUCUUCCGCACCUUUGACACGGUCAUCGGAUGUACGGGAUUCUCCGCUGGCCGCGGAAUGCAGGUGAAGAUAGCCAGGGCUGUUCUCGCCGCUAAAGUGCCCCGGUAUAUCCCCUGGCAGUUUGGCGUCAACUAUGAUGCGAUUGGGCGCGGGUCAGCGCAGGAUUUAUUUGACGAGCAGCUUGAUGUCAGGGAUAUGCUGCGGUGCGCCGCAGGAACGUCUGACAGUGGUGAUAAUCACAGCAAGACGCAGUGGGUGAUUAUCUCCACAGGGAUGUUUACAAGUUUUUUGUUUGAACCAUCAUUCGGCGUUGUGGAUAUCUUGAACAGGAGAGUCACUGCGCUGGGCCAUCAGGACAAUCAGGUCUCUGUGACGGCGGUUGAGGAUAUCGGAAGGGUUACAGCUGAGGUUGUUUUAGGACCCGAGUCGGACUCAGCGUUUGACAACAAGGUCAUCUAUGUAGCGGGAGAUACUCUUACUUACGCAAAGUUGGGGGAUUUGGUUGAGAGCUUGGUCCCUGGGAAGAGCAGGAUUGAGAGGAACGUGAAAACCGUCCAGGAAGCUAGAGAUGAUCUUGCAAGGGAGCCCAACAAUACACUAUUUAAGUACCAGGUUGUUUUUGGGGAGGGCCGUGGGGUGGCGUGGGAUUUGGCGGAAACUUGGAAUAGAAAGGUUGGCAUCAAAACUAUGACGGUAGAGGAAUGGGCGAGGACGCAUUCUCUUGUUUGA